AUGGACAAGAACCUCAACGAGCUCCUCAAAUGGAGUAUUGAAAACCAACAGACCGAAGGUCAGAACGGCGAGGCAGCCCCGGCCCCGGCCCCGGCUGCUGCCGGCAGCAACCUCAGCCCUGAGGCCAUUGCUGCCCUCUUCGGCGGCGGUCCCAGCGACGCCGAGCUCAUGAAGGCCGCGAUGGAGGUCAUCACCUCGACGGACCCGGAGGUGACGCUCGACACCAAGCUCGUUGCGUUUGACAACUUUGAGCAGCUUAUCGAGGGUCUCGACAACGCCAACAACAUGACCAACCUCUCUCUCUGGACCCCGCUCCUGAGCUGCCUCGCUCACGACGAGCACGACAUCCGUCGUAUGGCUGCCUGGUGCGUCGGCACCGCCGUCCAGAACAACGAGCCCAGCCAAGAGCGCCUGCUCGCCAUGGGCGACGCCGGCAUCCCCGCCCUCGUGAACCUUGCCACAAAGGACGACGAGAAGGAGGCCGUGCGGAGGAAGGCCGUCUACGCCCUCAGCUCCGCCGUCCGUAAUUACCAGCCCGCCAUGGACAAGUUCACGGACGAGCUGGCCAAGAAGGGUGUUCAGUCUGGCAAGAUUGAUGCCGUGAACAUGGAUGACAUCGACAAGGUCAUGGAUGACCUCAAGGCGAAUAUCACGAAAUGA